CACUGCAGCGCGAACGCGCGAGCGGGUGGCGGUGGACAGAGCGCGCGGCCGGGCCCGAGCGAGGAGCGGGCGUAGCGCAGGCAGACAGGCCACAGCCGCCCCUGGAUCCCGUCCCGCCAUGCCGUCCUGCAGGCCCCGCCUGAGUCGCGGCCGCCAGCGCCGGGCGGGCUUGGGGUCGGGGCCAUGAGCUCGCUACCCUGACGAUGCGGCCAGCCCGCCUGGCGCUCGCCCUGGGCCUGGGCCUGUGGCUCGGGGCGCUGGCGGGGAACCCCGGGCGCGGCUGUGGGCCCUGCGCGCCCCCUUGCCUCUGCAUCCCCGCGCCCGGUGCCGCCUGCCGCGUCAAUUGCUCCGGCCGCGGACUGCGGACGCUCGGGCCCCCGCUGCGCAUCCCAGCGGACGCCACCGCGCUAGACAUCUCCCACAACCUGCUCCGGGUGCUAGAUGUCAGGCUCCUGGCAAAUCUCUCAGCGCUGACAGAGUUGGAUAUAAGCAACAACAAGAUUUCUACAUUAGAAGAAGGAACAUUUGCUAAUUUAUUUAAUUUAAGUGAAAUAAACCUGAGUGGGAACCCGUUGGAGUGUGACUGUGGUCUAGCUUGGCUGCCACGCUGGGCAGAGGAGCAGCAGGUUCGUGUAGUGCAGCCAGAAGCGGCCACUUGUGCGGGGCCUGGCCCCCUGGCUGGCCUACCCCUCCUCCAAGUCCCUAUGUCUGACAGCGGCUGUGGUGAGAAGUACGUCGCCUGCCUCCCUGACAACAGCUCAGGUGCUGUGGUGCUGGUGGCCUUCUCAGCUGCCCGUGAAGGUCCGCUGGCGCCCGAGGCCUGCAGUGCCUUCUGCUUCUCAACCGGCCAGGACCUCGCGGCUCUCUCAGAGCAGGGUCACUGCCUGUGCGGAGCUGCCCAUUCCCCCAACAUCUCCUCUGCCUGCCUACCCUUCUGUUCCAGCCCUCCGCUACCCCCUGCCCCUGUCUGCGGGGGCCCCACCCUCCUCCAGAAUGUUUUCCCUGCCUCCCCAGGGGCUUCCCUGGUGGGACCCCAAAGACCCCUGGCCUCUGGCCAGCCAGCAGCCUUCCAUGUCACUGCCUUGCUGCCCAUCAGCUCCACACACUGGGACUUCGGCGACAGCUCCCCCGAGGCGGACAUUGCUGGUUCUGCCAGCACUCACCACUAUCUGCUGCCUGGGCGCUAUCACGUGACAGCAGUGCUGUCCCUGGGGGUUGGUUCAGUCCGGCUGGAAACAGAGGUGCAGGUGGAGGCGGCCCCUGCUGCCCUGGAGCUCAUGUGUCCAGUCUCAGUGCACAGUGAUGAGACCCUCGAGCUUGGCAUCCGAAAUCUUGGUGGCUCAGGCCUUGAGGCCACCUAUAGUAUUGUGGCCCUGGGUGAGGAGCCAGCCCAAGUGGUGCAUCCGCUAUGCCCCUCCGACACCGAGAUCUUCCCUGAGAAUGGGCACUGCUACCGCCUGGUAGCGGAGAAGGCGCCCUGGGUUCAGGCGCAGGAGCAGUGCCGGGCCUGGGCUGGGGCUGCCCUGGCCAUGGUGGACAGUCCCGCUGUCCAGCACUUCCUAGUUUCCCGGGUCACCAGGAGCCUGGAUGUAUGGAUCGGCUUCUCGGCUGUGGAGAGCACUGAGGCGGGCCCAUUGCCUCGGGGUGAGGCCUUUAGCCUGGAGAGCUGCCAGAACUGGCUGCCUGGGGAGCCACAUCCCGCCACGGCAGAGCGCUGUGUGCGGCUUGGGCCUGCUGGGCAGUGCAACACGGACCUGUGCUCGGCACCACACAGCUACGUCUGUGAGCUGCGUCCUGGAGGCCCUGUGUGGGAUGCGGAGAACUUCCUUGUGGGGGCAUCCAGCAGAGACCUGCAGCGGCCCCUGAGUCCCCUGGCACAGCAGGAGACCCUCUCGGCCCCCCGGGAGCCCGUCGAGGUGAUAGCGUUCCCUGGCCUGGGCCUGGGCCAUGAAGCCUUCCUCACCACCGCAGAGUUUGGAACCCAGGAGCUUGGCCAACCCGCCCAGAUGAGGCUACAGGUGUACCGACCUGUCGAGGGAGCAGGGGCCCCAGAAAACAGCAGCAAGCCUGAGAGUAGGUCCCUGGAGAAUGGGACUGAGCCAGCUCCUGACUGCAUGCCAGAGGGUCUCUGGUGCCCUAGAUCCAACAUCUGUCUGCCCCUGGACAGCCCCUGCUGCGCUCGGGCCUGUGCCAAUGGGUCCGGGUCAGGGCUAGGGCUCCCAGGGACCUCCUACACACUGUGGAGGGAGUUCCUCUUCUCUGUGCCUGCGGGACCCCCUGCUCAGUACUCGGUCACCUUCCGUGGCCAGGAUGGCCCCCUGCUCCCUGGUGACCUCAUAGGCUUGCAGCAUGAUGCCGGCCCGGGUGCCCUCCUGCGCUGCACUCCAGCACUGGGCCACCCUGCCCCCGAGGCCCCGUACCUCUCUACUACUGCCUCGGCCUGGCUGGCCUGCCUGCCCACCCAGCUGGAGGCCAGCCGGGCUGGCCAGGCCUGUGCCCUGCGACUGCUCACUGCCACAGAGCGGCUCACUCCGCUACUGGGCCUGAGGCCCAACCCAGGGCUGGGGCGGCCAGGACGCUAUGAGGUCCGGGCCUCGGUGGGCAACAGUGUGUCGAGGUACAACCUGUCCUGCAGCUUCGAUGUGCUCUCCCCGGUGGCUGGGCUGCGGGUUAUCCACCCUGUCCCCCACGAUGGUCUCCUCUACAUAUCCACCAAUGGCUCAGCCUUGGUGCUCCAGGUGGAUUCUGGUGACAAUGCCACAGCCACAGUGCGCUGGCCCGGGGGCAACAUCAGUGCACCCUUUGAGGCUUACUGCCCUGAUUCGGUGGCUGCCCUGGUGCCCGGCUGCGCCCACGAGGCCAACAGCACCUUGUUCUCAGUGUUGGCACUGCCCAGGCUCAGUGAGGGCGAGCAUGCAGUGGAGGUCGUGGUGGAGAACAGUGCCAGCCGGGCCAACCUCAGCCUAUGGGUGAAAGCGGAGGAGCCCAUCUGCGGCCUUCGAGCCAUGCCCAGCCCCGAGGCCCGGGUGCUGCAGGGCGUCCUGGUGAGGUACAGCCCCAUGGUGGAGGCCGGCUCAGAUGUGGUCUUCCGCUGGACCAUUGAUGACAAGCAGUCAUUGACUUUCCACAAUGUUGUCUUCAACGUCAUCUACCAGAGCGCUGCCAUCUUCAAGCUCUCGCUGACAGCCACCAACCAUGUGAGCAAUGUCACUGUGAACUACAAUGUCACCGUGGAGCGGAUGCAUAGGAUGCAGGACCUGCGGGUGUCUGCGGUGCCACCUGUGCUGCCCCCCAAUGCCACGCUGGUGCUGGCGGCUGACGUGCUGGUGGACUCGGCCGUGGAGGUGGCCUUUCUGUGGACCUUUGGGGAUGGGGAACAGGUCAUCGGCCAGUUUAAGCCUCCAUAUAACGAGUCCUUCCAGGUUCCAGACCCCAUGGUGGCCCAGGUGCUAGUGGCGCACAACACCACACACACCUACGCCAUCCCAGGUGAGUACAACUUGACCCUGCUCGUGUCCAACGCCUUCGAGAACUUGACGCAGCUGGUGCCUGUGAGUGUGCGUGCCACUCUACCUGCCGUGGCUGUGGCUGUGGGCAGCCCUGUCCUGGUGGCUGGCCAGCCUGUUUCCUUCUCCCCUCACCCAUUGCCCUUGACUAGGGGCAUCCUUUAUACGUGGGACUUUGGGGACGGCUCCCCAGCCAUGGCACAUUACCAGCCAAUGGUCAACCACACAUACACCUUGAGGGGCACGUACCACAUCUGCCUGGAGGUCAACAACACAGUGAGCAGCACAGUGGCGUGCACUGAUGUCCACGUCUUUGAGGAGCUCCGUGGCCUGAAUGUGAGCCUGAGCCCAGCUGUGGAGCAGGGUGCGCCUGUCGUGGUCAGUGCCACCCUGGAGUCAGGCAACAACGUCACAUGGACAUUCGAUAUGGGGGAUGGCACAGUGCUCACAGGACCUGAGGCCACAGUACAGCACGUGUACUUGCGGGCUCAGAACUACACAGUGACCGUGGGCGUGUCUAGCCCCGCCGGCCACCUAGCCCAGAGCCUGCCCGUGCAGGUUUUUGUCCUGGAGGUGUUGCGGAUCGACCCUGCAACCUGCAUACCUGUGCAACCCCAAGCCCGGCUCGUGGCCUAUGUCACUGGAGACCCUGCCCACUAUUCCUUCGACUGGACAUUUGGGGACGGCUCAUCCAACACGACCGUCUGGGGAGACCCAACCGUGUUGCACAACUUCACACAGAGUGGCACGUUUCCCCUGGCACUCAUCCUGUCAAGCCGUGUUAACAAGGCGCAUUACUUCACCAGUGUCUGCGUGGAGCCUGAAGUGGGCAACGUCACCCUGCUACCCGAGAGGCAGUUUGUACGGCUUGGAGAUGAGGUCCGUCUGGUGGCCCACACCUGGCCCCCGUUUCCCUAUCGCUACACCUGGGACUUUGGCACCGAGAAUGUGCCCAGCAUUGGGGCCUCUGAGGCCACAUUCACCUACUGGGACACAGGCUCCUACCUAGUAACGGUCACUGUGUCCAAUAACAUCUCGGCUGCCAACGACUCAGCGCUUGUGGAGGUGCAAGAGCCCGUGGAGCUCACAGGCAUCAGGGUCAAUGGAUCCCGUGUGCUGGAGCUGCAGCAGCCCUACUUGUUCUCCACCGUGGGCCGUGGGCGCCCUGCCACCUACUUAUGGGAGCUGGGGGACGGUGGGCGUCUUGAGGGCCCUGCAGUCACCCACAUCUACACCACCACAGGCCACUUCACCAUCAGGGUGACUGGCUGGAAUGAGGUGAGCCGCAGUGAGGCCUGGCUGAAUGUCUCAGUACAGCGGCAUGUACAGGGGCUUAGUGUGAAUGCCAGCCGCACAGUGGUGCCCCUGAAUGGCAGUGUGAGCUUCAGCACCUCGCUGGAGGCCGGCAGUGACGUACACUACUCUUGGGUGCUCUGUGACCGCUGCACACCCAUUCCCGGGGGCCCCACCAUCUCCUACACCUUCCGCUCUGUGGGCACCUUCAACAUCAUUGUCACGGCCGAGAAUGAGGUGGGCGCCGCCCAGGAUAACAUCUUUAUUUACGUCCUGCAGCGCAUCGAGGGGCUGCAGGUGGCUGGUGGUGGCGGUGGCUGCUGCUUCCCCACCAACAGCACGCUUCAGCUACAGGCUGCGGUAAGGGAUGGUACCAACAUCUCCUAUGCCUGGACUGCUCAGCCGGACGGUGGCGCGGCCCUGGUCGGCAGUGGCAAAACCUUCUCUCUCACUGUGCUCGAGGCUGGCACCUACCAUGUCCAGCUGCGGGCCACAAACAUGCUGGGCAGUGCCUCGGCCAACCGCACUGUGGACUUUGUGGAGCCCAUAGGGUGGCUGGCCUUGGCUGCCUCCCCAAACCCAGCCCCUGCCAAUGUGAGUGUCACCUUUUGUGCUGAGCUGGCUGGUGGCAGUGGUGUUGUUUACACCUGGUCCCUGGGGGAAGGUCUGAGCUGGGAGACCCCAGAGCCAUCUGUGACUCAUACCUUUCCCACCCCUGGCCUAUACCUAGUCACAGUCACAGCCAAGAACCAACUCGGCUUGACCAACACCACCAUUGAGUUGGCUGUGCAAGUGCCUGUGAAUGGCCUCAGCAUCAGGACUGGGGAGGUGGAUGGCAGUUUUGUGGUGACCGGAUCGACUGUGCCCUUCUGGGGGCAGCUGGCCUCAGGUACCAACGUCAGCUGGUGCUGGGCUGUUCCAGGUGGCAGCAGGCACGGCCAGCACGUUGCCGUGGUCUUCCCUGAUGCCGGCACCUUCUCUCUUCAGCUCAAUGCCUCCAAUGCAGUCAGCUGGGUCACAGCCACCUACAACCUCACAGUGGAAGAACCUAUUGGGGGCCUGGUACUGUGGGCCAGCAGCAAGGUGGUGGAGCCUGGGCAGCUGGUCCACUUUCAGAUCUUGCUAACUGCUGGUUCAGCUGUCAGCUUCUACUUGCAAGUUGGCGGGGCCAGCUUUGAGGUUCUCCCAGGGCCUCACUUUUCCCGCAGCUUCCCGCGAGUUGGGGAUUACAUAGUGAGCAUUCAGGCUGAGAACCACGUGAGCCGGGCGCAGGCGCAGGUGCGCAUCCUGGUACUGGAGGCUGUGGGUGGGCUUCAGGUGCCCAACUGUUGCGAAGCAGGUAUCGCCACUGGCACUGAGAGGAACUUCACAGCCCGGGUACAGCGGGGGUCUCGUGUCGCCUAUGCGUGGUACUUCUCCUUACAGAAGGUUCAGGGGGACUCGCUGGUCAUCCUGUCAGGCCGCGAUGUCACCUACACCCCUGUGGCUGCGGGGCUCCUGGAGAUCCAUGUGCGCGCCUUUAAUGAGCUGGGUGGUGUGAACCACACUCUUGUGGUUGAGGUCCAGGAUGUCAUCCAGCACGUGGUACUGCGCAGUGAUCGCUGCUUCACCAACCGCUCAGCCCAGUUCAGGGCUGACACAAGCCCCAGCCCCCGACGUGUGUUCUACCACUGGGACUUUGGGGACGGGGCCCCAGCAGAGGUCACGAAAGAUCCCUGGGCUGACCACUCCUACCUGCAGCCUGGGGACUACAGUGUGGAAGUGAAUGCCUCCAACCUGGUGAGCUUCUUCGUGGCACAGGCCACAGUCACUGUCCACGUGCUGGCAUGCAGGGAGCCCAAGGUGGAUGUGGCCCUGCCCCCGCAGGUGCUGAUGCGGCGCUCCCAGCGCAACUACCUGGAGGCCCAUGUUGAUCUGCGUGAUUGUGUCACCUACCAGACCGAGUACCGCUGGGAGGUGUACCGUGCCGCCAGCUGCCAGCGGCCUGGGCACUCAACCCCUGUGGCCCUGCCUGGUGUGGAUGUGAGUCGGCCCCAGCUGGUGGUGCCUCGCUUGGUGCUGCCUGUGGGCCACUACUGCUUUGUGUUUGUGGUGUCAUUUGGGGACACACCUCUGUCUCAGAGCAUCCAGGCCAACGUGACAGUAGCCCCCGAGCGCCUAGUACCCAUUGUCAAGGGAGGCUCAUACCGUGUGUGGUCAGACGUGCAGGACUUAGUGCUGGAUGGGAGCAAGUCCUAUGACCCCAACCUGGAGGAUGGCGACCAGACGCCGCUCAACUUCCACUGGGCCUGCGUGGCCUCAACACAGAGCGAGACUGGCAACUGUGUGCUGAACUUCGGGCCCCGUGGAAACAGCAUAGUCACAAUCCCUCGGGAGCGCCUGCAAGCCGGCGUGGAGUACACCUUCAACCUGACCGUGUGGAAGGCUGGCCGGAAGGAGGAAGCCACCAACCAGACGGUGCUGAUCCGGAGUGGCCAAGUGCCCAUAGUGUCCUUGGAGUGCGUGUCCUGCAAGGCACAGGGGGUGUACGCAGUGAGCCGCAGCUCCUACGUGUACUUGGAGGGCCGCUGUGAUAACUGCCGUGGGGGCUCCAAGCGAGGGCUCUGGGCUGCUCGCACCUUCAGCAACAAGACACUGGUGCUGGAUGAGACAACCACAUCCACAGGCAGCACUGGCAUGCAGCUGGUGGUGCGGCGCGGAGUGCUGCGGGAUGGCGAGGGCUACACAUUCACGCUCACGGUGCUGGGCGGCUCUGGCGAGGAGGAGGGCUGUGCCUCCAUCCACCUUUCCCCCAACCGCCCUCCGCUGGGGGGUUCCUGCCAGCUCUUCCCACUGGAUGCCGUACACGCCCUCACCACCAAGGUGCACUUCAAGUGCGCAGGCUGGCGGGACGCAGAGGAUGCGGGCGCCCCGCUGGUGUACGCCCUGCUGCUGCAGCGCUGUCGCCAGGGCCACUGUGAGGAGUUCUGUGUCUACAAGGGCAGCCUCUCCACCUACGGGGCUGUGCUUCCACCUGGCUUCGCACCCCACUUUGAGGUGGGCUUGGCCGUGGUGGUGCAGGACCAGUUGGGUGCUGCUGUGGUUGCCCUCAACAGGUCUCUAGCCAUCACCCUGCCAGAGCCCCCAGGUGAUGCCCUGGGUGGCCCCCCAGACCUUACCCUAUGGCUGCACAGCCUCACGGAGAGUAUGCUGCCCGGGCUGCUGAGACAGGCUGACCCACAGCAUGUCAUUGAGUACUCGCUGGCCCUCAUCACUGUGCUCAACGAGUAUGAGCAGGGUGUGGCCAUGGUGGAAGAGCUGGACUCCAGGUGGCAGCUGCAAGCCCAGAUACGCAAGAACAUCACAGAGACCCUGGUUUCCCUGAGGGUCAACACCGUGGAUGACAUCCAACAGAUCACGGCAGUGCUGGCCCAGUGCAUGGUGUCCAGCAGGGAGCCUGUGUGCCAUUCAUGCCUGAAGAAGACACUGCACAAGCUGGAGGCCAUGAUGCGCGUCCUGCAGGACGAGACCACUGCAGGCACUGGGACACCCACCGCCAUUGCCGACAGUAUCCUCAACAUUACAGGUGACCUCAUCCACCUGGCCAGCUCACACGUGCGGGACCUGCAGCCCUCAGAGCCGGGGGCUGAGCCGCCUUCACUGUUGGUGGCAUCCAGGGCCUAUCACCUGUCGUCGGCCCUCAUGUUCAUCCUCAUGCGCUCCCGUGUGCUCAAUGAAGAGCCCCUGACCUUGGCCGGCGAGGAGAUUGUGGCGCAGGGCAAGCGCUCAGACCCACUGAGCCUGCUGUGCCAGGGCAAUGCCUCGGCCCCUGACUGCCACUUCUCCAUCCCUGCCGCCUUCAGCGGGGCCCUGUCUAACCUCAGUGACGUAGUGCAGCUCAUUUUUCUUGUUGACUCCAACCCCUUUCCCUUUGGCUACAUAAGCAACUACACUGUCUCUACCAAGGUGGCGUCCAUGGCCUUCCAGACGCAGGCCGGUGCCCAGAUCCCCAUUGGGCGGCUGGCCUCGGAGCGUGCCAUCACCGUGAAGGUGCCCAACAGCUCUGACCAUGCUGCUUGGGGCCAUCGCAUCCCUGCUAUGUCCACCACCAUCGUCCCGCCCAGGGCCUCAGUCCGCACUGUGGUUACCCCCGACCACAGCAAACCUGAGGCUGGACUGCACCUGCAGCUCGUCUACACGGUGCUCAACGAGCACUACCUGUCCGAGGAGCCGGAGCCCUAUCUGGCGGUCUACCUGCACUCGGCACACUGGCCCAACGAGCACAACUGCUCGGCCAGCAGGAAGAUCAGCCUGGAGGCACUGGCAGGCGAGGACCACAAGCCCUACACCUUUUUCAUCGCCCCUGGGACCAGAGACCUGGGCGGAAGUUACUACCUGAACCUGACCAGCCACUUCCACUGGUCUGCUUUGGAAGUGUCUGUGGGCCUGUACACGUCCCUGUGCCAGUACUUCAGUGAGAAGGAGAUGAUGUGGCGGACAGAGGGGCUUGUGCCCCUGGAGGAGACCUCGCCCAGCCAGGCUGUCUGCCUCACCCGCCACCUCACUGCCUUUGGAGCCAGCCUCUUUGUGCCCACCAGCCAGGUCCACUUCAUCUUCCCUGAGCCGGCCUUGGACAUGAACUACAUCGUCCUGCUGACGUGUGCCAUGUGCCUGGUGACUUAUGUGGUAAUGGCUGUGAUCCUGCGUAAGCUGGACCAGCUGGACAUUAGCCGGGUCCGUGUCAUCCCUUUCUGCGGGAAGGGGGGCCGCUUCAAGUACGAGAUCCUGGUCAAGACUGGCUGGGGCCGAGGUUCAGGUACCACAGCACAUGUGGGCAUCAUGCUGUAUGGGGCAGACAGCCGGAGUGGCCACCGGCACCUGGAUGGGGAUAGGGUCUUCCACCGCAAUAGUCUGGACAUCUUCCAGAUUGCCACCCCUCACAGCCUGGGCAGUGUGUGGAAGAUCCGAGUGUGGCACGACAACAAAGGGCUCAGCCCCGCCUGGUUCCUGCAGCACGUCAUCGUCAGGGACCUGCAGACCGCUCGCAGCACCUUCUUCUUGGUCAAUGACUGGCUGUCGGUGGAGACUGAGGCUAACGGGGGGCUGGUGGAGAAGGAGGUGCUGGCGGCGAGUGACGCGGCCCUCCGGCGGUUCCAACGCCUCCUGGUGGCUGAGCUCCAGCGUGGCUUUUUUGACAAGCACAUCUGGCUCUCCAUAUGGGACCGGCCACCUCGAAGCCGCUUCACUCGAGUCCAGCGGGCCACCUGCUGUGUUCUCCUCAUCUGCCUCUUCCUUGGUGCCAAUGCGGUGUGGUAUGGGGUCGUGGGAGACACUGCCUAUAGCUCGGGGCCUGUGUCCAGUCUGAUCCCGCUGAGUGUUGACACAGUCGCCGUUGGCCUGGUGUCCAGUGUGGUUGUCUACCCUAUCUACCUGGUUAUCCUGUUCCUCUUCCGGAUGUCCCGGAGCAAGGUGGCUGGGCCCCCGAAGCCCACCCCCACAGGGCAGCAGGUCCUGGACAUGGAGAGCUACCUGGACUCUUCUGUGCUGGACAGCUCCUUCCUCACCUUGCCUGGACUCCGAGCUGAGGCCUUUACUGGACAAAUGAAAAGUGACUUGUUUCUGGAUGAUUCCAAAAGCCUGGUGUGCUGGCCAUCCAGUGAAGGCACACUCAGUUGGCCAGACUUGCUAAGUGACCCAUCCAUCAUGGGCAGCACCCUGCAGCGGCUGGCACAGGGUCGAAUGGGCCACAUUCUGGGCCCGGAGGAGGACGGUCUCUCCCUGGCCAGCCCCUCCUCGCCUGCCAAAUACUUCUCAGCUUCAGAUGAAGACCUGAUCCGGCAGAUCCUGGCCGAAGGGGUCGGCAGCCUGGCUCCAACCCAGGACACUCAAGUAGAAACAGAGCUGCCCACUGGCCUGUCCAGCGCUCCUGGGGAAAGGACUGAGAUGCUGAUGCUGCAAAGGCUAGGGGAGAGCGGGCUCCCCAGCUCGGGCCUGACCUGGGAGCAGCCCCAGUCAGCAAAGCUCUCCAGGACAGGGCUGGUUGAGGGCCUGCGGAAGCGACUGCUGCCGGCCUGGUGUGCGCCCCUGGCCCACGGGCUCAGUCUGCUACUGGUGGCUGUGGCCGUGGGGGUCUCGGGGUGGGUUGGUGCCAGCUUCCCUCCUGGAGUGAGUGUCAUGUGGCUCCUCUCAAGCACCUCCAGCUUCCUGGCCUCGUUCCUUGGCUGGGAGCCUCUCAAGGUCCUGCUGGAAGCCCUAUACUUCUCACUGGUGGCCAAGCGGCUGCACCCUGAUGAGGAUGACACCCUGGUGGAGAGCCCAGCUGUGACACCUGUGAGCGAGCGUGUGCCCCGUGUGCGCCCUCCCCAUGGCUUCGCCCUUUUUCUGGCAAAGGAGGAAGCCCGAAAAGUCAAGAGGCUACACAGGAUGCUGAGGAGCCUCCUGGUGUACAUGCUUUUCCUGCUGGUGACACUGCUGGCCAACUACGGGGAUGCCUCAUGCCACAGCCACGCUUACCGCCUGCAAAGUGCCAUCAGGCAGGAGCUAGAUAGCCAGGCCUUCCUGGCUAUCACCCGGUCUGAUGAGUUCUGGCCGUGGAUGUCCCACGUGCUGCUCCCCUACGUCCAUGGGAACCAGUCCAGCCCAGAGCUGGGGCCCCCACGCUUGCGGCAGGUGCGGCUGAAGGAAGCACUCUGCCUAGACCCUCCUGGCUCAGGGGUGCACAUGUGCUCAGCAGCUUCAGGUGGCUUCAGCACCAGCGAUUAUGGCAUUGGCUGGGGAAGUGCUGCCCACAAUGGCUCUGAGAUGUGGGCCUAUUCUGCGCCAGACCUGCUGGGUGUCUGGUACUGGGGUUACUGUGCCGUGUAUGACAGCGGGGGCUACGUGCAGGAGCUUGGGCUGAGCCUCGAGGAGAGCAGAGCGCAGCUGGGCUUCCUGCAGCUGCACAACUGGAUUGACAACAGGAGCCGCGCAGUGUUCGUGGAGCUCACACGCUACAGCCCGGCCGUGGGGCUGCACGCUGCCGUCACACUGCGCCUCGAGUUCCUGUCUGCGGGACACGCAGUGGCUGCCCUCAGUGUCCGCCCCUUCGCACUGCAGCGCCUGAGCGCUGGCCUUUCAUUGCCACUGCUCACUACGGUGAGCCUGCUGCUGUUCGCACUGUAUUUCUCAGUGGCUGAGGCACGUGCCUGGCGCCGGGAGGGGUGUGCGCGCACCUCGCGGCCUGGGGCGUGGGCGAAGUGGCUGCUGGUGGCGCUUACUGCUGCUGCGGCACUCCUGCGCCUGGCCCAGCUGGGUGCCGCCGACCGCCAGUGGACGCGCUUCGUGCGCCGACGCCCUCGCCGCUUUACCAGCUUUGAGCAGGUGGCACAACUGAGCGCCGCGGCCCGUGGCCUGGCUGCAUCGCUGCUUUUCCUGCUCUUGGUCAAGGCCGCCCAGCAGCUGCGCUUUGUACGCCAGUGGUCAGUUUUUGGCAAGACGCUGUGCCGGGCCCUGCCCGAGCUUCUGGGAGCAGCCUUAGGCCUGAUGGCGCUCGCCGUGGCCUAUGCUCAGCUGGCUGUUCUGCUGGUAUCCUCUUGCGUGGACUCACUUAUGAGGGCGGCCCAGGCCCUCUUGGUGCUGUGCCCCGGGGCUGGUUGGCCCGUCCUCUGCCCUGAGUCCUGGCGCCUGUCGCCCCUGCUGUGCACGGGGCUCUGGGCCCUGCGGCUAUGGGGUGCCCUGAGGCUGGGGGCAGUCCUUCUCCGGUGGCGGUACCAUACUCUGCGCGGGGAGCUCUACCGCCCAGCUUGGGAGCCACAAGACUACGAGAUGGUAGAACUGUUACUGCGCAGACUGCGCCUGUGGAUGGGCUUCAGCAAGGUCAAGGAGUUCCGACACAAAGUCCGCUUUGAAGGGAUGGAGCCACUACCGUCCCGCUCAUCCAGGGGCUCCAAGUCAUCUCCAGAUGUGCCCCCCGCUACUGGGGACUCCGAUGCCUCCCGUCUCUCCACCUCCUCUAGCCAGCUGGAUGGGCUGAGUGUGGGCCUGGGCCGGCCAGGGCCACGGGGGGAGCCCGAGCCCUCCCGCCUCCAAGCUGUGUUUGAAGCCCUACUUGCCCAGUUUGACCGACUCAACCAGGCCACAGAGGACGUCUACCAGCUGGAACGAAAGCUGCAGAGCCUUCGAGGCCAUAGGACCAGCCAGCCCCCAGCCUCGCCUCCCCCUGGCCCCUCCCCAGGCCUACAGCCAGCCCUGCCAAGCCGCCUUGCUCGGGCCAGUCGAGGCAUCGGCCUGGCCUCAGGCCCCAGCAGGGCUUCCCUACGGGCCAAAAACAAGGUCCACCCCAGCAGCACUUAGCCCCAAGGGCCCUGAGCUCAUGUCCUCAUGCCCUUUCCCUGGCGUGGGUCUGUGGCUACCCUCUGGCCCAAGGGGCCAGGGAGACAACACUCAGUAUUACCUUCUGCCACCCUCAAAGUCUUGGGCCAGGCAGAACAGCUGCAUGCAAGUCCCUCAGAGAGCUGGCGGCACUUGUCUUAAUCUCUCUGUGGGCUUCAGCACUUUAAAGAGGCCGAGUGGCCAGUCAGGACCCAGGGUCCCCUCCCCAGCUCCCUGUGGGAGGACACAGCAGUAUUGGACCAAGUGCCCAGCCUCUGAGACACUAAUUUAUUUUGAGUCCUCAGGUACAGCGGGCUGUGCCCAGCCCCACCUCCUGGGCAGACAUUUUCCCUUUGCUAAGGAUCCAGGCUGCGGGGAGGGAACCUGCACCCCUUGUUAUCCCCCCCCUAAAUUAUUACCUCUCCUGUCCCCUGCUGAGUGCACUCACUUCCAGCUGCCGUCUGUGUGUCUAUUGUCAGUAAUUUAUACGGGGUUAAAAUGUAUAUAUUUUUGUACGUUGCUGUUUUUCACUAUGGCCAAGGGGCCUGUUGGCUGCAAUGGCCUCGUACCCACUGUUUGCCUUGAGGUGGGGGAGCUGGGACUGCAUAGCUGGCCUCCUUCCCUAGACACCUGUCCAUGUGGCCAGGGCCAAGGAAGUGAUAGCUACUUCUUGGGUCAGAGUCUGGCCUUGGGCAGGUACUGGGACAGGAUGUUUGUUUGAGGGCACUACUACUCCCUAGGCAGUUCUUGUCUACACCGUAGCCUUGUUUUCCUGCCCUGCCCAAGGCCAGGCAGCCAGAGGCAGGGCCCAGGCCUGCUGGGUCAGGUCUGAGUAAGGAACAGGACUGGUGUAUGGCCAAGGACCCCAGGGCGGUUGGGGGGGAAGACCCCCUCCCUGGGGCUGGCUCCCAGGGCUGGGGAAGGUGAAUAUGAGAACACUUGUAUGAUGCUUUCCUGAAGGGGUAAAGCCUGGAUAACAGCCUGACAGGCCCCCCAUAAUGCUUCUGUGGGCAUGGCUGAAGCUUCAGCCUUGAUCCUGCCCCGACCCCUACCCCC